CACGACGUUUACACGCCAAUAUAUGUCACAACUAAUGCAAUACUUUUAAAAACAAUUGAACCAGAUAGGGCUUCUCACAAGUAUUUGCAUACCCUGACGUUACCUUAUUAUUUACGUUGAAGUUUGGUAUCCCUACUAUUAAGCAAAGCAUAUAAGGCAAUGAAAUCAGGCGAGAGCAUUCAGAAGUGUAUCAACAUCGUCGUGCAGAAGAAUUCGCUGCUUAUCCGAGUGACCCAGGGCCAAAACUUACCUACAAACAAAAACUAACCUUUCUCCCUUUCUAUUUUCGUGACUAUUCAUGUGUAUAUAAAGGUAUUUUUGUAACAAAUUUGUAACCGAUUUUGUAAAAUCGUUGGUUGUGGAAAUACACCCUUUGUUUGUAAGUGUGUAUUAUUUGUAUAGCCACAGGUAAGGUUCGACGAGAAAGAAUUGACAACGUCCCAUCGUACCCGGCGCACGGUAUAUUUGAUCGAACUUGGUUAUAUCCCAAACGCAAAAGUGAGUGAAGCACCCUAGAUAACCUUUAUCUAUACCCAACGUUAAUUUAGUUACGUAUGCCCAUAGAAGCACGACACCUCGCCAGCCUUGUCAAUCAACUAUAGGUGUGUGUAGUCUUCGGGACACGUAAUUUGAAAUUAGCAUAUUACUAUAUGCGAUCAAGGAGUCACGCGCAACACGUAUAAGACGUUUUAAACCGUACACGUUUAAGAUAUCAGACGACGUAAAAGGGCACGAUGCAAAGCCCCGGCCACCCUUCACACCCACCUACACAAUCCGCAAAAAAGAAAAUGCGACACGCCGAACCCAAUGGAGUGGAUGAAAAUGGUGAGGUAGCGAUUGGCGGCAGUGCAGACGUAGAGGUGGAUGUUGGCGAUGAGCAUGAAAACGUAACACAGUCGAAUGAUCAGACUGAGGUUAGCGAUGAGCUUGAAAAUAUAUCACACGAACACGCAGCACACCCGAGUGUUGACACGACAGAGAAUGGCGUUGUAGCACAGGAUGUCGGUGAUAAUGGCGAAUUUGAGGAAAUCAUCGAGGAAGAAGCUGAUGAGGAACCGAGUAGCGCAAUGUCACGCAUCUCAGAACUGCAGGCGAACUUGGUAGCACGAGAAGCACAGGCUGAGGCGGAAAUUCAUGCCGUUGAAGUGAGAUGCUAUAAUGAUAAUCUUCUCUUCUACAAGGAAAGAGCUGAGUUGGUACCAGGUGUACCAGGCUUCUGGGGACGCGCAUUCACCGCGCACAUGGAAGCAGAGGGUACGUUAUGCGCGGAGGAUAAGGAGAUAAUGAAGUAUAUUGAGUACCUCCACAUCGAGGAGGAAGUUCUGGAACAAGCAUGGUUCACCGUAGUCAUUAAACUCGAGCAAAACCCUUACAUCGAGAAUCAUGAACUGAAGAAACGUUAUGCGAGAGACGAAACGGUCACUACUGGCUACAGUGUAAGCACCACAGAUGUCCGAUGGCUGGAUGGUCGGGAGGAAUACGAAUACGAAGAUGAGGAGACUGAUUAUGCACAAGCUGAGCCUCAGGAUAAAGGACAGAAGCGGCCGAACUACCGAGCAAGAUCCUUCUUCGACUGGUUUGAUGUCGACGUUUGUGACAGUGAUGGGUGGGGCGUCGAUCCCGUUGUGGAGCUUCUUACCGCAGUCUGGAGAAAUCCCAUACAGCAUAUCUAUGAACCUGCAGACCAUGGAACGGAGGAGGCGAUUGAAGUCGACCUCGGAGGAGAUGACGUCAUAGGAAUGGAUGAAGGACACAUGCAUGAGGAGAGAGAUGAGCAUGCGGUAGGUACAAGUGAGGUAGACGUAGAGGCGGACAUAAGUGAAGAAGACGUAGCGGUACCCGGAGAUGACGAAGACGUGUACGAGAGUGCGAUUCCUGACACAGCAGAUAUAGUGGACGCUGGCGACGGAGAAGGAGGUGGUGAGGGGGAAGGUUUACCCGAAUAUGAAGAAGAAGCGCACAAUGAGGAGAAACAGCCAAACGAAGAAAAAGAACAUGACCCUGAGGAUGAUUACGAGGGCGAUGACGAUGAUGUGGCAAUGGACAACUCAGGAGGAGAGGAGGGUGUGGAGCAUGGAUAUGAAGCAGAGGAGCAUGUGGAGCCGGACUAUGAAGCAGAGGACACCAUGGCGGUAGAUGAUGAGGGUGGUAUACCCGAGCACGACGAUAUAGCGGAGGCUUACGGAGAAGGAGAGGGUGAAAUUGAUGGCAUAGAGGAGGACUAUGGGGAGGGUAAUGGUGAUGUAGAGGACUACGUAGGGGAUGCGGUGGAGGGUGAUGGUGAUGUAGAGGACUAUGUAGGGGGUGUGGAUGGGGAUGCGGUUAUUGAGGGAUUCGCGGGUGGAGUUGAGGAAGUGAUUGUAAACGAGGCUGAGGAUGGAGGCGUACUAGACCAGCUUGAGCCGAGUGAGAUGCAAGAACCGGAGCUGGGCACACGAGAAGCCCCUGAAGUGAGCGAUGAUCAACCACAAACACACGCUGAGAUAAGUGUUUAGCAUAUGUAGCAACACCAAAAUCUCUGAAGAGUUUACACAAUCUUGCCACUGGAACGUAAGCAAGAACUACAUCAGCAACAUCACUUUCCAGAUGCGUAUAUAGCACCCGCAUACACAGGUGAUCAUCCCUAAACAUCGCUCAAGGACAGUAUUUUUAGUUCAUUUAGUUUUCGAAUGCAUUAAUUGAAAGUAGACGUGAUGACGUGAUGUGGAUGGUGACUUGGUGGUAGGUUGAAAAGUGAGGACUAUUUAGUGCAACAGUGCCCGCCAUUUCAAUCCUCGGUCAGUAGGCUUUGAGGACUGCAAGAUCAGAGGCGCCUGUUGCUGGAUUUCACAAUUCUUUGCCGUUCCCUAGCACACGAUUGCCCACAGCCUGGCCGAUAAUACCUAGAGCCUGUUUCCUAAUCACUUGCAUCAGACGUUAUAGCCAAUCUAUGUCGUUCUGCGAGUUGGGUGGGAUUAAGUUCGAACGUGUGGUCGAUUCGGGAUGGGUUGAUGAUGUGUCUGGGCGGCAUCGAAGGGUUGUCAAACAUCAGGAGUUAUUUCUUUCGGGGUGCAUGUAUAUAAUCAAGACGAAUUUGUCUCUGAUCGGUCUGUUUUGUUUGUAUGCAUGUACACACAGUGCAUGUAUACGUGUACUCGUACUAUAUAUACAGAGCUGAUCUGAAUAUAUAUAUAUGUAUGACCAGUACAACCACACAUACUCGUGCACAUAUCCGAUUGUAUAUGUAAACUAUGUAUGUAACAGUGGUCUACAUAUAUCAAUAUAUGUAUAUGGCUCCAUAUGUUUAUACAGCACAUAUUAUAAGUACUGUGUGUGGGCUCAUACACACUCGCUUAUGCAUGUAGACUGUACUUGUACCAGUGAUCUACACAUCGACAUGUUGAUAACAUGGCUCAUGUGUUUAUUCACAUGAUUUUCGCGGGCAUGUAUGUUUAUGACAUGCCCCUUCUCGCGUGUAGAUCGGCUGUCUCCGUAUUGCAUCUACGUGCUUGUUGAGUUCUGGGGGGGAGGACAUAAGCGUAACUUGCCAGUUUUUGUCUUACUAUACUCUGGCAAUUGAUUUGCUAUUAAUUUUAGGACACUCGUCUGUGCAAAUGUGAAGUGUUGUACCGGUGAGACUUUUUUAAUCCGGAACAUGCGCUUUUACACGAUGGAGAUACCGCCAGCCUCGUCGCUGAGCAUGUUGCCCGUAGACACAUAUUGCGAUUAACUACGAGGUUGUGAACACCUACAGCUGUGCCACUUUGGUUGUGGAGGAAGCUUUGACCCUUUCUCGACCGCUAUAUAACACAUCAACCGAAGUGUUGGAUUGCAUUCUCCCACCAGAGAAGCAUAGGGUCGAAUGUUUUUCUGCUUGUGAGUAGAGUUGCAUGAGCAGUGUAGCUGCAGCUGCCUAUGGAGAAAUUACAGUAUUAUUUCGGUCUGCAGUCCGAGAAUGAGAUUCAGAAACACACGGUACUAUUUAGGUGCGAUGUCUGCCAGCACCCACAUAUUCCAGCUAAGAGUGUCUUUGGAUAUUGAAUAGGUCGUUGCCUACCUACAGUUCCGAGUCAAGCUGUAGUGUGCGUGUGUGAUCUGACAUUUUAGCCCAUAGUAGUGGAGACCUUGAGAAUGGGAGUCGACCUAGUUGUGCGUGAGAGACGGCUCGACAGCUUGCUUAAGCGGGAUAGAAGACCACAGCUGCUGCGCGCCUAUACUCGGUUACACAAUGGAUAUUGCGAGAGAGAAAAGCAAGCAAGGGAGUUCAAGGGUAUAGCCUGGCCACGUGUUGUCUUUCGGUGUAGUAUUUUGGUUUGGUAAGUAUGACUUGUAUACGAGUGAAGUUAACUAGAGGAGAUCGAAGAUGUUUGCUUGUUGGCUUUGCCGGGUCCUUGUGCUCGCGGGAAUAUGGGCGAUGCUUGCUACGGCCCUGUGGGAUGUGGGAGGUACCUACUGCGAAUGUGUGGAUUUCAGGUGAAGUGGUGAGGUUGCAGCAAAAGUGUACACUACACUUUCGCUUCAGUUUUUGAGAUGGCUUUGUGCCCCGGAGGUUGGGAAAGGAAGCAAAAAUUGUGAUAAAUAUCUAGCCGCUUCAAUAACUUUGUAUAUUCGAAUAUGGAUAUCGAGAUGAUUUGCAAAUACCCCGCAAAGUACGGGAGGAUCAAUAAAAAACCAAUUUCUGCGAAAUUCGGA